AGCGACAAUUACACAGUUUAUUUACAGUUUAUUUACUAUGUUUGUAUUCUGCUGCGUUUUAACGUAAAGAGGAACUAACUUAGCAACUCCGGCUAGCAAAAAAAAAAACUCAGCUAUGCUAAAUUAUUAGCAUGCAGUGAAACGUAGUUGACGACUGUUUAUUUUGGACUGCGUAAACACGAAAGCAGGACAGAGUGAAACGCCAUGAAAAAGCAGUAAGUACGGACUUCAGGUUAAAACCCCAGAGUUUAGAACUCGGUGCCAAAGACAAAGCGGACAAUUUUGACACCAGCAAAAUGGCAGAAAUGUCGGUGGAAGAAAUGACAAUGAGAGCCAACCAAGUGACCGAUGAGUCACUUGAAAGUACAAGGCGGAUGCUGCGCCUGGCAGAGGAGAGCCAGGAGACGGGAACCAAAACCAUGGUCAUGCUCGACCAGCAGGGAGAGCAACUGAAGCGUGUGGACCAGGGCAUGGACCAGAUCAACAAGGACAUGAGACAGGCUGAGAAGAAUCUGACUGACCUGUCUAAGUGCUGUGGCCUCUGUGUCUGUCCCUGUGAUAGAGUACGGUCCAUUGAGAAUGACGGGCGGUAUAAGCGUGCCUGGGGCAGCGGAGGUGACAACAGCUCAGAGGGAGGUCAGGGGGGCGUGAUUUCUAACCAGCCGUCGAGCCUCCAAAAUGGCCAGACUGUGACAUCUUCCGGUCCUUAUAUCAAGAGGAUAACAAACGAUGAUCGUGAAACUGAGAUGGAGGAAAAUCUAGAUCAGGUGGGCAGCAUCAUCGGCAAUCUGAAGACUAUGGCUCUAGACAUGGGCAAUGAGAUCGACAACCAAAACAAGACCAUCGACCGCGUUACUGAGAAGGCGGACAUGAAUAAAGUUCGCAUUGAUGAAGCCAACCAGAGAGCCAACAAGCUUCUGUAGAGAAGAGAUGUCUACAAAAUAUUACGCGAUCUUUUCUUUUCCUCUCUCACACACACACACACACACACACACACACACACACACACACGUCUGGGGUGUAACGAUACACAAUUUUUAUGAGAAACAGCUGUAUAUUUCAAAGAACUAUUAUAACAUCUAAUGCAAAUCAAUUAGCAUAUAGCUACUUUCUUCACAAAUAAGUAGUAAACUUAUGCGUAUAUAAAUCUUAGUCACAUAUUAGUGUAUGUACCUUGUAUGAUAUAAGCCCUAAGCCGUAGAUGUGCUGACUUUGUGUGCUCAAGCUUUUUUUUCUUUUGAACUGAUUUUUGUGAGCUCAAGCUUAAAGUCCAGCUUGCACCAACGAUGCAGGGGUUGUACCACCCAUAUGUGCAUCAUUCCACCUUUUAUAUUCAGCUGUACCCACAUUUAGCAUUAGAAAUGCCUUAUUGUAUCACAGCUAUUCUGUAAAUAGAAAUAAGCACACUCGCUGCCUCGGUCAAGUGUACUUAUCUGCGAGACAAAUGCUGGACACGUGUAAUUAUGCUAGCAUCUCUGUUUUAUUUCUGUCCUGUCUCUCUCUAUAAUUGGAGGAUUGCUGUUUCGUUUCACGAUGUCUGGGUCAGCACUGAGUAUUUCAUUUUAUAUUUCUAAAGAAGUUGAAGACCUAACGUUUCUCAUAUUUACCCACUCUAGGAUAAUUUGUUAUCUGAUUAUUUUAAUGAAUAUUUGCCAUCGAUUGUCUACAUAUUUAGUUAUGAAGGUUUUAUCACCUGCCUUGUGAAUAACAAUAAUAAAGUCAUGUUUAUUUAAUGA